AUGGCCAAUCAGUUCUCAGUGGAUCCUGCACGUGACGACUAUGUCUCUGGCAAGUGCUUGCUCACAAUGCAGCACGUCUCUCUAAAGCGCUUUGUCCUUGCUACAAUCACACAAAGCUGGAAAGCUGCUCACAAGCAUAUGCCCGCCUCGAUUAGUCUCUUUCUGUUCUUCUGGAAGGCAUGCAUGGAACACGGGAGCCCAGGCGCAUGCGGCGUCCCGUCUCCAGCUCUCAUUGCACCACCUCGAUACAAAGUCGGAAUGACUGCGUUGUGUCACAGACUGAGCCAGUGA